GGGGGAAAGACCAAGGCUGGCAAAAGCACCGGCAAGAAGCCCCCCACCGCUCGCCGCAGUCGGGGAGGAGCCGCGGGCGCUGCUGCUGCUGCUGCUGCUGGCGGCGGUGCUGAGGGUGUUGCUGUGAAGCAGGAGGAGGAAGAGGGAGGCGCCGAGCAGGCGGCCCCGCGCGACUUCUCCGGCACCGACCCCGAGCUGUUCCGACAGUACGACACACGUCCGGAUCCCGAGGAGGGCGGGGCGUCGUUGGAUAAGGCGGGGCCGGGUAUGAUUGUCAAGAGGUGGCAGGCGCUGCUGUCCUCGCUCCCCGCCUCCAGCCUGCGCACCUACGCACCCGGAGAGCGCAUGGGCGGCUGCGAGCUGAGCUCGUACGAUCAGGCGUACGGCGAGUUCAUACACCUGUACGGCAGCAAACUGCCGGCGGGGGCAGCCAAACGCAUCCUGGUGGAGGCCAAGCGACGAGUGCGGCUGCUGGUGCGCACGCCCCCCACCGCCGCCUGCACCCCCGCAGCCACACACAAGACAUCAGCAGCCCAGGACGACAACAACACCGCCGCCGCCACCGCUCCCGCCUCCCACCCCUCGGGCCGUGCCGCACGUGCCGCAGCUCUGCGAGCCGUAGCAGCCUCGCGGGAGCAUCUGACCCGUGGGUCGUUCAGGGACGGUAGCAGCGAAGAAGAGGAG